AAAAAUCGGUCGAGAUUAGUGUUGAUCUCGGCUGGUGAUUUCACUAGUCCGCGCAGGUGCGAAGCCCGGAUUCAGCCCGCUGCUCCCCUCUCCUCUCCCGUCGUCGGAGCCCCGGCGACCCCUCUUCCAAGUCGCCAUCGUCCUCACCUCCAGCGCCACUUCCUCUUCUCCACCACUCGACCCAGCCUAGCAGCGAGUCGGCGGACGGGAGGAUGAUGGGAAGCAACAACCCCGGCGGCGCAGGGGGAGGGGGAGGGGGAGGGAUGGCCCCGGGCACGGGGGCCGGCGGCAGCGACGGGCGGCACGACGACGAGGCCGUGCUCACCGACUUCCUCUCCUCCCUCAUGGACUACAAUCCCACGAUCCCGGACGAGCUCGUGGAGCACUACCUCGGCCGAAGCGGCUUCCACUGCCCCGACCUACGCCUAACAAGGCUGGUUGCUGUAGCUGCUCAAAAGUUCAUUUCAGACAUUGCAAGCGACUCUCUUCAGCACUGCAAAGCCAGGGUUGCAGCACCUAUCAAAGAUAACAAGAGCAAACAACCAAAGGAUAGACGUCUUGUGUUGACAAUGGAUGAUCUUUCAAAAGCCUUGCGUGAGCAUGGUGUUAAUCUGAGACAUCCAGAGUAUUUUGCGGACAGCCCAUCAGCAGGGAUGGCCCCCUCAACAAGAGAGGAGUAGAAUGGGUCAAUUCUUCAACAAGAGAGGGCUAGAAUUCGUUGUUUCUUAUAAGCGUAACAAGUGAACGGUCGUGUCCUUCCCAACUUUAUGUUACAAAACCUUAUAAGCAUGUAUCCAAUGGCAGUUCUUGAUGUAUUAUGUACCAGUAGUUGCCACCAUUUUAUGCUUAUGUAUAGUAUUGCUGGUUAAGUUCUCCCAUUUACCCC